UUUAUUAUUAUUAUUAUUAUUAUUAUUGUUGUUGUUGCUGUUGACUGUUGUUGUUGCGGGGACUCGCACAAAACAACAACGCCGGUACUCGGUACACCGAUUUCAGUAUCAAUUUACGGACUCGAGCUGCACUCAACAAUGGCAAUGAUAAAUGUGCCUCAAGCGGCACCGGUUGGCGAAUACUAAUUGGUAAUUGGUAUUGGCGUAACACGUCUUAUCGGCUAUAAGUUAUCGCACAACCGAACGUCUUGAGUCUUUUUGAAAGUCGACCGUAGGCAGUCAUUGAGACGAGCAAGUGAGCAACGUUCAAACGGACUGUUCGGAGCACUCUUCGUUACGCCGCGGCCCUCGCACGUUAUUUGAAACACUAGUGCAAUAUUAAUAUUAUUGGGGUCAUAAUCUAAUAGCCGUCGCCGGUGACCACUGACGGUAAAAUAUCACAACAGUACCUGAUUAAUAUUGAUGGUAAGAUGUUUAGCGUGGCGGCCGUUCAAAGUGCUUUCCAAGAAUCUCUGGUCCAGGACGAUGACGUGGACGUGAAGAACUACGUGUUGGCCUAUCAAGAACUUUGCAAAUUCUGUUCGCAGCUGGGGCGCUUAUUCGGUUUCGUCGUCAGCGAUCUCGAGGACAAGAUCGGACUCCUUAGCCAGCUGAUGACCGAAGACGAGCAACAUUUUUCCACCGUUCAGAGUAUGAUAACCCACGAGACUUCCAAGGAUUUGGUGUUCUCUGGUCGUUCCGGCUCCAUAACAUUGUUGAGAUUGAACCGCGGUCUUGAAUUCAUAAUUCUAUUCAUGUCUAAACUGGUUCACCUACAACCUAAUGAUAGCACGAAACACUGUGCUCAAGAAGCGUACAACAAAACAUUGGCCAGACACCACUCUUGGAUUAUACGGAACGGUGCUCUGUUUGCUAUGAAUUUCCUUCCCUGUCAAAAAGCCUUGUAUAAUCAGACUCUUGGCAAUGCUCCUGUAGAAGAAACAUUAGAUACAAUGCCUGAAAUGAUUUCCAAAGCUUCUAUGGUUCACGAAAGGGUGAAUAAUCUACUUUCAGGCUAUGAAAUUCUGAAUAUACCGUGAAAACUUUCAAAUUGACUGUACAGUGAAGUAUAUAGUCACUUUGUACUAUGUUAAUUUUAUAUAGCAUAGACUUUCUAUGAUCUACAUUGAAGAAAAGUAUACUCAGUGAUAAUUUCCAUUGGUUGCUAAUUAUCUGAAAACAUUUUAGUGAAUAUGAUUGUGUAUUAAUUCCUUGGUCAUUAUGGAAUCAUUUAAGCUUUAAAUUUCUAUAAUUUACUAAUAUUUUUUAUUAAAGCAACUUUUAUCUUAUACCUGGAGUACCCUAUUUAAAAAUGUGAAGUGAUAGGUCAAUUUCUGAUGCAAUUAUUCUCAUCUCAAGCAAUUGAUCAAACUAUUAAAAUAAUCUUAGUAUGGCAAUAUUUUCAACAUAUAAAAUAAAAAUGAAUAUGUCUUAAGUUUUCCUAAAAAAAAAGUAAAGUAGUAGGACACUUGUAAAUGGUCAUGAUAGAAAGCUUAAAUAAUUCUAUAAUGACAAAAGAACAAAAAAUAAAAAAUGUUCUUAGGGUGUUUAUAAAUAAUUACAAGCCAAUAAUACUAUUACCAUUCAGCAUUCUGCAUAAGGUAUAUUAAAUUAUGUUACUAAUAUUUUGCUCAAUCAUUUAAAAAAAUCAGAUUAAUAUUAAUAUUAAUGAUUGUAGGUAUACAUUAAGUUUUAAAUUUGUUUAAUUGAUAUUUAGUUUAACAAUUAAUAAAUCUUCAUGAGACCAUAUAUUAUAUUGUAUGUGCAUCAAUUUUUCAUCUCUAAUAAUUUAAGUGCCAUAUAAAACAAUAGUUUGCAUUUUUAUCUUAAAAUUAUAUGAAGCGAACUUGAUUGGAUUUUUAGUUUGAGGUUGUUAAUAAAUACAAAUAAUAAUUAACAACUAAUAAUUUUAAUAUUUUAGUUUCUAUUAUUAUAUUAAAUAGCUCAACGUUACAUUAAUUAAAAUAUUUAGUUAUCUAAGAAUUGGAACUUAGACUCUUAAAAUUUAUUUUAUGGUCCUAUACAUUGUCAUAUUUAUGUUAUAUUUUCUCAAUAUUAUGUUAUGUCUAUUUUAGUUAUUUUAGCUAUAUUUAUAUUUAUUUAUAUGUUAUUUCAUAAUAAAUGUAUAAUGUAAAAUGUAAUUGUUUCCCUUAUUUCAUGAUAUAAAAAAAAAAUAUAAAAUUGCAUGAUCCAAUAGAUUUUUAACAUCUCCCUGUUCAUGUUUUGUCAUUUUAUUUUUAAGAACGUUAGUAGUUUUUUCAAACACUUGAGAUACAAUAAAAAAUAGGUAUGUUAAUACCGGUAACAUGCGAUUGUAAAAUCAUAAAUAUUUUUGUAAUAUUUUUUAUCGUCGUGAAAAAAUUUAAAACAUCGUUCCUGUCCAAAAAUACAUAUAAUUUUGCAUAUAAUUAUUAAAGAAAUUGAGAUUAAUAUUUCUAUAGUAUUUUAUGUAAUUAUGUUUUAUUUUAUUUUUAUCAUAAACCUACAGAGAAAAAAGGUACUUGUUUGUUACCCCACAACA